AUGGCCUAUGUAGCUCUUUCCAUGACCGUUCACAGUCCUCCCCGAGCCUCUUCGCCUGGGGACCGAGCCUCAGGCUCGGCGUCUCCCAUUGCUGCCGCAGGUCCUCGCUUUUACUCCCUGUCGGCGUGGCUCUUAAGGCGGGGUCUGAGCACGGACCGGGAGGGGGGAGAGCGAAGCGACACAGGGCUCAGCGACCUGGGUCCGGGCAUGGGCCUGGGGCGGGAAGGGCCGUCCGCCCAGGCGCUCAUGCCGCCGGGCCCGCGGGACGACCUCCGCGCGGGCGCGGGCGCGGGGGAGGGCGCGGAGGCGGACGGCGCGGAGGCGGCAGCGGCGGAGGAUGAUCAUUUACCGGAGGACGAUCAGGAAGCGGUGCUUGACUCGGUGGUGAAGGUGUUCGCCGUGGGGAGUAGUCCCAACUACCGCCUGCCCUGGCAGAACAAACCCCAGCGAGAAGUCACCGGCUCAGGGUUUGUGAUUAUGGGCCGUCGGAUCCUCACCAGCGCGCACAUCGUGGCCGACCAGGCGUUUGUGCUCGUGAGGAAGCACGGCUCGCCCAAGAAGUACCUCGCGCAGAUUGAGAUUGAGAGCUACCACCAGGCGUUUGUGCUCGUGAGGAAGCACGGCUCGCCCAAGAAGUACCUCGCGCAGAACCUCACUGGCGCGGAGAACAUCGGCUACAUAGUACCCACGCCCAUCAUUCACCGCUUCCUGCACGAUGCAGCGUUGCACCACCGCCGCUUCAGCGGCUUCUCCUCCCUGGGCGUGGCAUGUCAGCCGCUCGACAACUGGCAGCUGCGUGCACACCUGCGCCUGCCCCCCACGGCAACAGGCGUGCUGGUGAACGCAGUGCAGCCGCUGAGUGAAAGCAGCCGGUGGAUCAAGAAGGAUGAUACGUUUGGCUUCUCCUCCCUGGGCGUGGCAUGUCAGCCGCUCGACAACUGGCAGCUGCGCGCACACCUGUGCCUGCCCCCGACUGCUACGGGCGUGCUGGUGAACGCGGUGCAACCUCUCAGUGAGAGCAGCUGGUGGAUCAAGAAGGACGAUGUGCUGACUGCCUUUGACUGCGUACCAAUUGCUGACGAUGGUUCUGUGCUGUUCCGCAAGAGGGAGCGCCUGCCGUUUGACUAUCUGGUGUCGCUCAAGGGCAGUGGGGAGAGGGCGAGGGUGUCGGUGUACCGGGGAGGGCAGCUCAUGCACUUCGACAUGACCGUCAAUCCGCUCCCCCCGUUGGUCCCAGCGCAGCAGUUUGACAGCGCGCCAAGCUACUUCAUAUUCGCAGGGCUGGUCUUCAUGCCACUCUCACAGCCCUACCUGCACGAGUACGGACCUGACUGGAUCCACUCCUCCCCCCGCCGCCUCUGUGACCUCGCCCUCCGUAACCUGCCCGAGAAACCCGGGCAGCAGAUCAUCAUCCUCUCGCGGGUUCUACCUGACGAGGUGAACAGUGGCUACGAGCGUCUAGCAGACUUACAGGUGCUCAAGGUGAAUGGGAUGGAGGUGGAUAACAUUCGCCAGCUCAAAGACGCUGUGCUGGAAACAUCUGGACCGUUCGUUCGGUUUGAUCUGGAGGACGGGCGGAUCAUAGCCAUUGACAUGGCGGCUGCCAGGAAGUCGAAUGCGCAGAUUCUGCGGCGCUACCGUGUGCCGAGUGCAUCGUCUUGGGAUCUCCGACAAAUGGCCGACAGCCACUCCCACGACAGCCACAGCCGCUUCUGA